AUGGUCGGUCUGGCCUCACUCCCACGAGAUAAUCUCGUUGAAAUUUUCUCCUACUUUUGUCUGCAUUGUCGAGGCGGCCUAAGACCUAUUAAGGGUGUCGGAACCCUGCGCCAGCAAAAGCGGUGCCAGGAACCUCAGCAGCCCGACCAAAAGUCAUGGUACUCGAUCGACAAAUAUACCUUGUUCUCUCUUGCAGCCUCUUGCAAAUCACUGCAUGCUGUGGCGGAGGAUAUUCUGUACCAUGACUCUGCACUUGGCUAUGGAGACUCUGAGCUGUCCAAGCUUUAUGCUUAUGGCAACAGACUGAACCAAUUCAUGCGCACCUCUGUAAAACGAACCGUCCUCGCUUUGAAGCAGGGUACCGCUGAUCUCGGUAUGGGAAGACAGGAAGAGUAUCCAUUCAUGCUCAAUUCAGCCUUCACUGAUGAAAUCUUGGAGUAUGCAUUUCUAUGCACCCGUCGGUAUUGUCUUGAUAAGGGUUUGGUUCUGAAAAAUUACUCAAUGACGGCGAAUAACCUGUAUAGGGCUUUGCACCAUGAGCUCAUACCAAUGCUGAUUGCACUGCUCCCCAAGCUGAGUCACAUCAUUUACAAAUACAAUUCGGAGUUUCACAUGUUUGAACACACCGCUCUUGACGCUCUAGGAGUCACAGAGCUCCCGUAUCUUCGAACAUUGGAGAUAGAUAAGGAUAUUUUUUCCAUUAUCAAACGGGCACCGAACUUGGAACAGCUUGACAUUACCAAAUCUCCCUUUCUAGAGAGGGACGAAGGUUCAGGCGGCGACCAGUCCAACAUCAGAACCCUGCGGUUGGAAGAUACAUCAUCACCCUCAGAUCUCAACAAACACUAUCUUUCGCAGCCAAAGACCUUCAUGCGCGAUUAUCUGCACAGUUUGGAGACAUUACACUUCGACCUUCCCCCUGUGCAAGUCAUCUCCGACCGCCGCGCCUGCACGUUCCGAGACUCUGGGAAGCUUCAACAUGUCUUUAUCAACACGCGGCUUAUGUUUAAAAUUUCACCCGACCGUUAUUCAAUUACCCGGGUGUUACCGCCAUCGAUAGUAUCUCUGCACUUAGGCUGGGACGGUCUAGAAUUGGACCCCACUGAAUGGGUGACCUUGCAGGUGAGAUUUGUGGCUGAGAGCUUAAAGCAGCAAAGAGAACUUAGCCACUUAGAAGGGGUUUUGCUAGAGCUUUCCAAUGUCAAGGCUGAACGCUUUCAAGAUCUGAAGCAUAUUGGCCUUGACUGUUGGGACAAGAUGGAUGCAACCGUUCGUGAGGCCAUAUGUGAGGCAGGUAUUGAAUUUGUGCCCGAGAGCUGGCCGCCCGCUUAUCAGAAAUGA